UGAAUUUCUUUAAAUGGAAAAGAGAGAAAUAGCCCACAUAAGAUUUGGGCAUGCAUUACAAAUAGCUAAACUCCAAAUUUUGAAGUCAGCAAUCAACAAUUAAGACUAAUUCAAUAAACUAUGCAACAAACUCAUCUACUUAAUUUCAUACAUUCAUAUGGUCAUAUCAAACAUGUCAUUAUUUAAGCUAUAGCCAAUCGUCUAAACAUAUAUUGAAAAUAUGACUCUAUCCUUUAACAUAUGGAGUAUAAAGUAUAUGCAUAAAAAAGAAUAAAAUUAAGAUGAGCCUGCAGGCAGGCCGGUAUGCCCUCCAAAUGGCAGCCCUCCAAGAAUUCCAAUGUCCCUCUCAGUCAGUCCAAGCAGAAAAGAUCAAGAGUCUGUCCUAAUAUUUAAUUUCAUCUGGAUAAAUAAAGAUUUAGUUGAGUUACAAUAUUGUCCCAAACAAAGCAAAAGUCAUGCAAAAGGAAACGUAUACCGAUGGACGCAACAGCCACGGAAGGUGCUCACCCUCCUCUGAUGCUCUCCUCAGGGUUUCUUCCGGCUGCAACGCUGCUGGAGUCACUGAUCCUCGUCUCACAUGACGUGGCAUCCAUCGAGAAGGCUCCUUUCCUGCAGAGAAAGAACAUCUCUGCGAUGAUCAGAAGGAUUUGUUUACUGUCCUCGUUGUUUGAGGAGAUCAAAGAACAAGUGCAGAAGCAGCCACUCCCACCAUCUUCAGUGCUGUGCCUCACCGAGCUCUACUCCGUUAUUCGGAGAGCCAAGAUUCUGAUUGAGAGCUCCGUGCAAGGCAGCCUCUUGUGGAAUCUCAUGCAAACUGAGAGCAUCUCCAAUCAGUUCCACACCUUGGUGAAGGAGAUGGCCAGGGCGCUUGAUAUCCUUCCUCUCAGCUUGCUCGAUUUGACCGCGGAUACCAAGGAGCAGGUUGAGCUUCUCCAUAAGCAGGCAACAAGAGCCCAGCUGUAUGUGGACCAUGUGGAGGCUCAAACAAGGGAUCACCUCAUCCAAGCUGCGGUCACAAACAAAGAGGGGAGCCGUAAGAGCAAGGGAUUCGUUGAUCUCGUUAGAGUCAGAGACAGUUUGAGCAGCAUUGGUGUGAAUAGCCCAGAACAAAUUGCACAAGAGGUGUCAAAACUAGAGGCAGAAGCAGAGAAGCAAGCAGGGACAGGUGGGCUGGUAGUGGUUUCUAAUAUUAACAGUCUCAUCUCCUUGAUAUCAAUGUCGAAAUCUAGUGUGGAAGAGAACUCAACAGCUCACGUGGAUUUGAAGAAGCGUAAGCUGCCCACAAGCAAUCGCCAGGACCAGUCAUUUUCUAGUUUUAUGGCAAUGAGUGUACCUGCUGAGUUCCGCUGCCCGAUCUUGCUUGACUUGAUGAAUGAUCCUGUGAUCGUGGCAUCGGGGCAUACUUAUGACCGGAGUUCGAUAGCACAGUGGAUCAAUUCCGGUCACCACACGUGCCCAAAGAGCGGGCAGAGGCUGAUCCACAUGGCCCUGAUACCAAACUACGCAUUGAGAAGCUUGAUCCAGCAAUGGUGCCAAGAGAACAUGAUCCCAACUGCAUCAGAGGUGGAAAGAAGUAGUAGCAAGAGAAGGUCUAGUGAGACUGCUGUUGAUCAUAUCUCUGUAACUAAAGCUGCUGCAGAUGCUGUAAAGAUGACGGCUGAAUUUCUAGUAGGGAAACUAGCAAUGGGGUCGCAGGAUAUCCAAAGGCAGGCAGCGUACGAGCUCCGGUUGCUUGCAAAAACUGGAAUGGACAACCGCAGUAUAAUUGCUGAGGCAGGAGCUAUUCCAUUUCUGGUCACUCUUCUAGGUUCACCAGAUUCGAGAAUCCAGGAAAAUGCGGUGACUGCAUUGCUCAACCUCUCCAUACACGAGAAUAACAAAAUGCUUAUCAUGGCUGCUGGAGCAAUUGACAGCAUAGUGGAAGUUCUGCAAUCAGGAAGCACAAUGGAAGCGAAAGAGAAUGCAGCAGCAACAAUUUUCAGUCUGUCAAUAAUAGGUGAGCAUAAAGCAAUAAUCGGUGCUCACCCACGAGUUAUUCCAGCAUUGGUGCGGCUCCUAGGGGAAGGAACAGCUGCAGGAAAACGCGAUGCUGCAACAGCGCUCUUCAACCUUGCACUCUUCAAUGCUAACAGAGGCAAGGUAAUACUUUCGGGCGCAGUUCCGUUGCUUAUUGAACUGCUGACAGAUGAUAAGGCAGGUAUCACAGAUGAUGCCCUAGCAGUGCUUUCCCUUCUCUUGGGAUGUGCUCAAGGACUGGAAGAGAUACAGAGGAGCCGCGAUCUUGUGCCCCUUCUUAUCGAUCUUUUGAGGUUCGGGUCUUCCAGGGGGAAGGAGAAUGCAAUCACCCUUCUUCUCGGACUCUGUAAAGAUGGGGGAGAGGAAGUUGCACCAAGACUGUUGAUGAAUCCUUACAGCAUUCCUUCUCUUCAGAGACUAACAGCUGAUGGCUCACUGAAAGCUCGACGAAAAGCUGAUGCACUGCUUAGAAUACUCAACAGAUGCUGCUUUUAAAUCCCACUUCAUGUUGGAUGUUAAAUAGUCUUCAAUUUAUUCUUCUGUAAAUCUGUACACAGCACCGACAUACAGAUGAUUUCUAUUACAUAAGCAAUACCUUACUUUGUAAUUUGCAUCCAAAUAUCUGAAACAAAUGUGGUUAAGUGUUAGCUAUAAAACAGAAAUUGCAAAACGAAAACAGAACUCAACGAAUUGUUUACCCAGUUCAUCUCAAUGUGACUA